AUGUCACCUCGCGUGGACAUGGGAUGUUGGGGCAGGCUACUUUUACUCAUAUUCGGAGCCUGGUCGGUCAUAUGUAAGAAUUGUGGCAGCCAAGCACGCUCAAGAACAUUCUGGCUGUUCCCUUGCUAUUACACUCCAGGUUAUGCUCCCAUCUCACCACGUAACACACUUCGUCUGCUGCCAAGCGAAAAAGCCUAUACCACAAAAAGCCAGCUAGAAGAAGGACAGGUCAGCUCGGAGUCACGGUCAUCUUGGAUACGUCGUGUUCGCCUGUCCAAGGUAACAGUAACAGCAAGCAAGCAAACCUGA